AUGGAACGUAGCGAACAAGAAUGGGCAGGCCUCUACCAGAAGGUGAAGAAUUUAGUACCCGUGGAGAUUGGAGAGGAGGCAUGGUACUUGAUUAUUGCAGCAACCCUAGCUACGUCCCCAGCAACCAGCCUCCUAGCGUCCUUCUACACCCAUCUCACAACAAACGAUCCAUCGUUCUCAUCAGAGAAAUCUAAACGCCGCCUCUCCCUAAGAUUACGCGAUGUCCUCUUCAAACUCAUCUCACUCGUUGGGGGGCCGCAAGUGCUUUGUGUGUUGAUGCCGUUAGCGAAGGCUGAGGGAGAUGUCGAAUCGAAAUCUAGGUCUAGCACGCUGAAUGACAAAUGGCGAGCCGAAAAAAUGAGCGUACAGACGAUAUACGAUAGAGGCGUCGAAACAAUCAACAGAGUCUACGGUGUCACUCUUUUACCCAAGAUCUUCGACUCGUGGGGCAGCCACAAAGAGGAUAUGAAGUUCAAUGAGAUCUUCGUCUUCUACGGCCUCUAUCUCUCUGACUUCGAGGUUAUGACACCACUCGAGACCGAAGCCGUGGUAUACUCUGCGAUUUCCUGCUUGGGAUUAGGCGGACCAGGAAACUGGCACCUGAGGGGAAUGGGACGGUUGCUGGGUGCGAGGGGAAAGGACGAUGAGAGCGAGAAGAUUAGGAGGGUUAAGGGUCAGUUGAUGAAUCUAAGACAGGCGGUUAUGAGCGUGGUGGAGUUUGUUGGGGAAGAGUUUGUUAGCAGAGCGAAGCUAGAGAAGUGGGCCAAUGUCGAGAAUAUGGUGAGGGAGUUCGGUGGUUGGGGAGAUGACGAGUAA